AUGAGUUUUGACAUGGAUCGGUCGAAGGAAAGAAUAGAUGCCGCUAAACGGAAAGCUAGACCUGAGUUGAACAGAUUUGGAUGGGAUACUUUAAACUAUCAUGAGAGUUUUAAUUUUCCCAAGCUAGUUGACAACAUAGCGAGAGAAGAUGCUACCAACAUGACUACUGAAACGUUUCGUGCAAAAUAUGAAAUUCCAAGAGUUCCUUGCAUACUUACAGGACUAACAAAUACAUGGAGAGCUCAGGAAAAAUGGAACACCGAACGUUUACUUCGAAAAUAUCGCAAUCAACGCUUCAAGUGUGGAGAAGACGAUAAAGGUUAUUCUGUUAAAAUGAAAAUGAAAUAUUAUAUUGAUUAUAUGAAGAAUAACAUAGAUGAUAGCCCUCUUUACAUAUUUGAUAGUGGUUUUGGUAGUCGUAAAAAAGUUAAGAAGUUACUUGAUGAUUAUGAAGUUCCCGAAAUGUUCAAAGAUGAUCUCUUUAACUAUGCCAAUUUCGAAAAAAGGCCUCCUCACAGAUGGUUCGUGAUGGGGCCGCCUAGAUCGGGUACGAACAUUCAUAUAGACCCACUAGGAACAAGCGCUUGGAACAGCUUGAUUAAAGGACAUAAAAGGUGGGUGCUCAUUCAUCCGGACGCACCUAAGGUGAUGAUAAAGCCCCUUCAACACGAGAAAGGAAAACAUCCUGAUGAGGCCGUUACAUGGUUUAGAUACGUGUACUAUCGAGUAAAAGCCAAUGAUUGGCCGAAAGAGUUUCCUAUCAUAGAGGCUCGUCAAGGUCCUGGCGAAACGAUGUUCGUUCCAUCAGGAUGGUGGCAUGUUGUCAUAAACGAAGAUGAAACAAUAGCUAUCACUCAAAACUUCUGUUCGCUUGUUAACUUACGUCAUGUAUGGCCUAAAACUGUCAAAGGGCGUCCUAAACUGAGCAAGCAUUGGUAUAGGAGAUUGAAAAAGGCACGGCCCGAGUGUAUUCCUAUUAUGGAUGAAGCUCUGGAAUCAGAGAUAGUCGAGAACUCGAGUAGUGAUUCGUCCUCCAGUAGUAGUAGCAGUUCUGAUUCUGAAGACACAACAAGCGAUGAUGAUGAUGAUUCUGGGUACCAGAGAAGUUCUGAAAACGGGUUAACCAAGAAGAGAAAAUUGUGUGAUGAACAGACUAACAGCUUCAUGGAAAGUGUCUGCUACAACAAGUUGCGCCGUAGUCCCACUCAACAGUCUUAA